AUGGUGUGGCCAAUUCGUGAAUCACUAUGCAUUACAGGGUCAAGAAUUAUUUGUUCAGCUCUUCGAUCAAACGCACCUUACCCAAAAUUUAUGAAUUGGAUAAAAACUGACGGUUGCCAUGCAACAACAUUACCUUCAUUCAAGGAGAAACAACAAGAGGAUCAUGGUUAUGAGAAUAUGGCUGAAAUUAAUGGCUACAUGAAUUUAUUUGGUUUGAUGAAACAAAGGUUCUUAAAUUUCAAGAACCAAAAAUACAUAAAAGAAUUGGAGCAUUUUCAAUCUCUUGCUAAAGCUCAAUAUCCAAAGUUUAUGGUAAUUGCUUGUGCAGAUUCAAGAGUAUGUCCCUCUAACGUAUUAGGAUUUCAACCCGGUGAAGUCUUUAUGAUACGUAACAUCGCCAAUCUUGUUCCUAUCAUGAAGAAUGGAGCAUCAGAGUGUAAUGCUGCGCUUGAAUUCGCAGUAUCUACUCUUCAGGUUGAAAAUAUAUUAGUCAUUGGUCAUAGUAGUUGUGCUGGGAUUGAAGCUCUGAUGAACAUGCAAGACGAUACAGAACCGAGAAGCUUCAUACACAAUUGGGUUGCUAAUGGGAAAGUUGCCAAAUUGAAGACCAAAGCUGCGACGUCUCAUCUUAGCUUUGAUCAACAAUGUAAAUUCUGUGAGAAGGAAUCUAUUAACCAAUCUUUGUUAAACUUGCUAAGUUAUCCAGGGAUAGAAGAUAGAGUGAGGAAGGAAUUGGUCUCUAUUCAUGGUGGAUAUUAUGAUUUUUCCAAUUGUUCGUUUGAGAAAUGGACACUUGAUUUUAAAGAACGCGAAAAAAACAGUUAUGUUGUCAAAGAAAAAGAAUUAUGGUGUUGA